CCAGAAAAUGACGACGUAUCAUAUAUCGCAUUCCUUCAAACCAAUUCUCUGGAUGAAGAUGAGACGUCAUUGACGAUAUAUGAUAUGCUUUCACGGCCUACGACUACGGAUGUGAAAAAGUCUGUCCGUGCACGAAUGAUACAUAGUCUCAAGGUCUAUAAAGAUGAAAAAGGGUUUGACAAGAAAGAAGUUGCCGUAGACUAGGGGUCGGAUAAAUCAGAUUCCACAAUUUUCUCGGUUCCUCUUGCCGAGGCAUUGGAACAUGAUGCAUUGGCAACACUCAACCAAUCUACAACGUGGAUGAUUGAUGGACACGACAUAUUAUCAUUGUUCUUAUCCUUUAGAACAAAGUGUGAUAAUCCACACUCUGUCGCACUAGACUUUGUUGCAGACCUCACAGGUCCUGAUUCUGAUUUCGAGAUGUUCCUUUCUCAGAGGAACUAUUGUUCACCCGUCCUUGCCUUGCAACGAGGUGUAAUCGGCGGCAUCAUCUUAGAAUGGGCGAAUUUGCCGAGUCGAUUUCAGCAGCUUUGCCCUGACAAUGCAAAUUUCGACGACGUCAACAGCAUUCGUCGCGGAGUACUAUUGGAGGAUGACAUUGCAGAUUACGUUUCCAAGUUAUGAUCAUUUCAGGUUCUCCAAUCAGAUACCAACAGAGCUUUGCGAACGUCAGGGGUUUUCUCAGUGCACUUGGGUAUUCAUUAGUUCGGCUUUGCAUCUUGUAGACGUUCAAACAAGGAUAUUCGAGGUUUAUUUGGAUGGAGUGGAUGUCCGAAAAAACUUCAGGCGUGAUUUGAUGGCUGAGGCGAAGGAAACUUCAGAGAUGGCAGACGGUGUUGGGCUUCAUAAUGGACAACAAAUCUAUAUCGCAGAGGCUGGAUUACUCUAUCACCCUAAACCGGAUAAGCAUCUUUUUGACCUCUACAAACUCAAGAGGUGUAUGCGGGACGCUUGGAUUUCCCAGAUAAAGAUACUCAGUCUUGAGUGUCAACCACCGAAAGGAUUUUCCGUCUUCGGUUCACUUUCCUGUGGAAAUGAAACAACUUUCUACAAGAUGGACUUCGUUGGUGUUUUCAGAUUUUAUGCCAUCAACAGUAUGGUGAUACCUCUUACCAAAAAUGAUUUCGGCAAAAAGAUGCGUCGUUGCAUGGAGGCUUGUCUUGAAUUUGCUUUUCUAGUGAAAGAAGAGACACUCCGAAGGAUGUCUGCCAAGCCUUUACCUUUUGGAGAUCGACAACUUCUUCAAGCAGCCUGUGCAAAGAUCCCUGUCACCUCGGAUGUUGCUCCAAAGAAAUUGAAGAGGACAAGAUCUCAAAGAGUCGACUGGUAUGUUCCCCUUAAUUUAUCUCUCAUUUGAGUCCUCAUUUGAGUGGAUGGCGGAAUGUAAUAGCAACAAAACGAAGGAAGGAACAAGUGCAGGAACAAGAGGACACGAGGUAGGAACACAAGAG